GGCGGUUGCCAUGGACUCCUGAACGCGGAAGCGCGGCGAAGAAAGGCGGCCGCGGCCAACCUCGCUCGGGCGACGGGGUUGACAUGGUCGAGCGACGCCUGGCCGGCGACGUGGAGCGUGUGGCCUCCGAGCACCUUCCGACCAUGUCUCAGGGGCCCUGUGAGGAGCGAGACCUGGAGUCGGUAGAGGACAGUCUUUCUGCACUCACCUACGAAUCUGACGUUGAAACGAAGCCGAAGAAGAAAUCUUCUCGCAAGCCUCCAAAGUCCCCAAAGUCUCCUUACACCUCUAGCACCUGCCUCCAUCCUAAAAAGCCUGCAUUCCUGAGAUCCUUCAAGGGAACAGAGGGCAAACGUUUUGACGUCUCUUUGGUGAGGGCGUCGAGGCAGCUGUGGCAAGAAUCUCUGAGACAAGAUGCAUGGGCCAGCCAGGCAAAAUCAGACCUUGACAUGGGUCUUGCAUGGUCCACUCUUUCAGACAACACUCCAGAAUAUCUGAAGGAAGCCCUGGGCAUGAAGAAGCCGAAACAUGCUCGUUUUGCCCCCAAUGGCUAUAUCCCAGGAACUCCAAACUACAAAGAAAAGGAAGAUAUGUAUGAUGAGAUAAUUCAGUUAAAGAAGGAAAUACAAGCUCAGAAAUGCGAAGCAGAUCGGAUGAAAACAAAGCUUCAGCGAAUGGAAGAGGAGAAUAACCGAAAAGACAAACAGCUCGAACAGCUGCUGGAUCCCUCCCGGCAGGGCUCUGAGUUUAUUGGGACACGAACCGAGCCAAGGAGCAAUAGCAGCUGGGUUAUCAAUGGCUUGAAGCAGAAGAUCCUCAAACUGGAGCAACAGUGCAAGGAGAAAGACAACACCAUCAACAAACUCCAGGCAGAUAUCAAGACCACGAAUGCAGAAGAAAUGCGGAUUUCUCUGGAGACCUGCUAUGAGGAAAUCCAGCAACUCCAAGCCCUGCUGGUAAAAUCAAAGUCGAUGGAACGGAAGUCUCCUCCUGAGAGCAGACAGCAGAAGGUACUCACCACUGCCAUCUUGCAGUUAUCCAGGAGCAUCAAAGAACUGCAAGAAGAGAACCAGAACCUCAAAGUGGACCUGCAUCAGAUGCUGAGAAGCUCCCCUGCCUCCAGUAAAGCAAAGAAUUACACCGAGUGGAGCAGACAGAGGCUGGUGCGGCAGAUUUCAAAGCUGGAAAAAAAGAUAGCUGAGAUGGAGAACACCAAGCCGCCGCUCUCGGAGACCAGCACGCUGUCGUCAUUCACUCCACCUGCUUCUGCCCGCCUGGAUCAGCCAGUUGUUAAACAAUCAGACGCUCCAGAAGACUGUGAACAUGUCUGCAGGCUGGCAAAGAAACUGCAGGGCCAACGGGCAGUCCUCCGGAAUCAGCUGGCAGCGAAAGAGAAAGAGAUCCUGAAACUGAAAGAAAAGGUGAACAAACUGGAGGCAAAGCAAGGAGUAAACUCUGGACAGACUAGGCUUGAUUCCAUGGAACUUCACUUUCAGAGCCAGCCAGAAUCGCCGACCAGCAGCUGCCUGUCCCAUCCAGCUAGUGCACUGCGUUCAAGGGGUUCGGACUCAAGGCAUUCUCCACUGUGUUCUCCCGCUCAUCACAGAAAGGAACAAGCAGCUCGAAUCAUCCAGAGACGGUGGAAGGAAUAUAAAACCAAGAUGGAUGAGAUUGCACUGGAUAAGGUGGCCGUUGUGCUCCAGGCGGCUUUCAGGGGACAUUUAGCUCGGCAGAAACUAUUAGCCUGUAAUGCUCAAGGUCAGCAUUCUCCUGGCACUGGAAAUGAGAACUCCGGAUUAUUGUGUGAGCCCCUCCCUUCACAAAUGACUGUGGGCACUGAAGCAGACGAGGAGGCCCUGAGGCUUAUCCAGUCUGUUUUCAGGGCUCACACUGCCCGCACGCAGGAAAGGCUGCCAAUCUCUAACCCAGUGAGAGAGACAUUCUCCCUAGCUGCUGAUCCUGGAGAGGGGAAGUCAGUGUGGUCACCGUUCAAAUAUUCCCCUUUAGUCUUCACUGUGCCGAAUCCUGCCACGUCCUCCCCGCAUUGCCUGCAGCCCUCUCCUUUGCCACCUGCAGAUGAAGCUCAUUCGGAUGAUUCCGAUGAUAUCAUCACCGUGUCUCCGUCGCCAGGGAAGAAAAAAACACCUUUGGAUUUCAGCAGCUCGCUGUCACAUUCCCUCUUGCGCUCCUAGCUGCAUGUGGAUAGCCAGCCGGGUCUACACAUCCUGGAGAACGAAGGGGCAAAACUGACUGUAACACUUCAGACUGCAGAUGAGAGUGGCGAUGGGGAUCGCAUUUUGGAAUGCUCCAUUGCAUAGAAAGUUCCUUGCAAAUAGAAGACUUCGACAGCAGGGGGCGGGAGGAGCUAGAAGCUUUACGCUUGAUGUGCUGUUUUUUUCCCUGCAGGGAACUUUUGAGCAUUCAGAAACUGUACUUCUAGCUGCGGCCUGGGUUAACAUGGUCCAUUCCGCCACCUCAGGAUUCUGUCAGCUUCUUUCACUCAUGGAUGUUUUCCUGUUGUUUGGCCAGGCAGUGUUGCCCAGGGAGUUGCCAGUGAUAAGUUUGGGGGGAAAGCAAUAGAUAGUUACGGCCCCUUUUUGCUACAUGGCUUUGAAGGAUGUUGGAGAGGCCCACGGUUUGAACACGCAUGAACCUGCCUCAUACAAAUCAGACGCUUAGUCUGUCAAGAUGGGUUUUGUCUUCUCGGAUCGGUGGAGGCUCUCCGGGGUCUCGGGUGGAGGUCUUCCGCAUCUCCGGAUCCUUUUAGCUGGAGAUGCCGGCCAUUGAAACAGGAACCUUCUGCAUGCCAAGCAAAUGCUCUGCUGCUGAGCUACUGCCCCUCCGUCGUUAAAUGCGUUUCUUAAUUGCUCGUGUUCAACAGGCACCGUUCUGUCCCUGCUGGUUCUUUACACGUUUUUGGAGUGGAGGGGGCAGGGCUCAUUUCGAGGGGGAACGUGCCGGAACGCAGUUCCGGCAGGUCCCCAAAGAGGUCACAUGAUAGGUGCCCCCCCCACCUGACAGCCGGUUUGGGCCAAAACAGCCCGGAUCGGGCCUCUGACGGGUGGUGGAUCACUCUCCCGCUCAUCAGCGGCCCGAUCCUGACCAUUUUGGGCCCCUUUUUGGCCAUUUUCAGCCCCUUUUUUGCCAUUUUGGGCCCAAUUUUAGUCCUGAAUGGCCAGGAUUGGGUCCAAAACAACCAGGAUAGGUGAUGUCAGGGGGUGUGGCAUAUGCUAAUGAGUUAUGCUAAUGAGUUCCUCCAGCUCUUUUUCUACGAAGUGACCCCUGGGAGGGGGGGACUGUAGGCCCAACAGAAGCCACUCUGAGGAAGCAUCUGCCUUUUUAAAAAAUGUGUGUCUUCGGCCCUCAGCUUGUGUUUGGGGCAGGGGGGCUUUUAAGUUUCACUAUAAGAGCAUGAGACAGUGCUGUGCGGUUGGAACGGCACACUGUAAGGCCAAAGUGAUGGCCCCUGAAAAAUCAGUUGGAGUGACCUCCUCUCCCCCUCAUAAGUUGUUUUGUGGCCUAAAACACAUUGAUUCCAAAAUGCACAAUGCAAACACACCACCAGUGUCUGGAGUUUCCUGUGGCACUCGAACCACAGAUGCUCCGAGGCAAACUCUUCAAAGACUCAGAAGCAAAAACAAAUCUUCAGCAAAGAGGGGAGGCAUUUUGCCAUGCAAGUUAGAAGAUAAUAGAAUUAGCAGCCAUUUCUGGCUUUUGCUAAAGAAUAUAGUAUCAACUGAACAAGGUUCCUAACUCCUUUAUCUUCUGGCUGUCUCUGUCUUGCAAGAGGCAUACCUUUAUCUCAAAAUCUUACACAUGUGGUCAUACUUAAUUGGCAUAGAGCAUUUCUAUACACAUGUAUACAUACAUACAUACAAUUUUUAGCCUUAAGUGAUGUGUGCCCCUCAAAAGUUGUCUUUGCCUUCUACAGUUCCACCAGUGAGUUUGCAUGGCUGUCUUCUCCACUUCUUCUUCAGAGAAUUAACUUGGGAAGACACUGUGGUUUUUACGAGAAAGAUCCACCAUCCUCCCCUCAGUCACUAUGUAUGUCUUGGUGGCUCAUCUUGAUUGAUGUAUGAAAGAGCAACUGCCAUCACUCAUCUUCUCUCCAGACCGAAGACAGAGGGCCUGCUCUCCCCAUUGAUCACUCUAUUGAUUGUCUCCCCGCCACUCUGCAACCAGAAAGCAGAGAGAGAUGCCAGCCACAGCUCUCCGACCCUCCACAACAACAUGCAUGGUUCCCAAAGCUGCGAGGUCCAAAAAGGAUGCAGAGAUGAAACCAAGCCCAAUUUUUCUCACGUAGCAAGAGGGCAUAAAUCACAUUUCAAGGUGCUGGAAAUGUGUACGCUAGAAGGGAUGUCUUUGGCAGGUGGAAUGGCUUUGCCGUGUAACAGUUAAAAUCUAGUUGAAGGGAGGACAUGGGUGGAUCUUGUCACAAAAGUGCCGCGGCAGAGAAGGGGGAGGUGGCAGAUCUGUCCUGCCAGCUGACUGUCCCUGGUGUGGAAAUUGCUGCAGCUUUGAUGUAUACUGAGCAGUAACAGAUACUGUCUGAAGACCAGGGGGACAUUUCUUGCAUAUGAAUCUACCGUAUCCUGGUGCUUGGAGGAAGAAGCUUACUUUGGGAUCAGCCUUUUCUCUGCAGCUGCAGUUUGGAUUCCAAAUACCCUGCCCCCUUGCGGGUAGGCACACCUGCUUGUGGAAGAGGAGCAAGGCAAUUUUUACCAAUUCCCUCUUCUUACAGCACCCCUCCCCCCCCUUCUGACCUCCCCCUCGAUUCUGGGGAUCUGCUGACUCAAGAGGGGAAUGGACCACUGCAGCAGCAGAGGAGGGGCAGGAAAGUCGGCAUUUAUGUGGUAUUGCUCUGUUAAUGCUGAACAGGAUCUAACCUUAUGCAAAAUAUUUGUCCUGGCAUUGUGUUGUUUUCGAUGUUAUGUAUUGUGAGCUAUAGUGCCUGUAUCUGGGGUGUGUUACUGGUCACACCCCAGGCCAAAUAACUUAAUUCUCAUCCUAGGAUGGGGUGACAGAAAAUCCUGUGUCAUGUCUGAUGUAGGAAAUGUAACUCUCAAAUAGGUGCAGUGGAUGUGUAAAUGUUUAAACGACUUAUUUUUUUAAAUACUCUAAUAAAUUGAGUUUGAUUUAUUUAGAUCACAACCAGUUACCACUGCACAAUGUGUACAGUUUAUGUGCUUAUUGUAUUAUUACAUUUUUCUUACUGUAUUUUUUUUUAAGUCAUCUGCCUUGAGGCUCAGCAAACAAGGUGGACGAUGAGUGAAGCAAAUAAAUAUCCUCCAUCUCCUGGG